AUGCGAUUUUGUCAAAAAUUGGUUGAUUCGGACGAGAAAACGUUGGACAAAGAUGUGGUAAAAGCAGUGCCGCAGGUGCCCAUGAAUGAUGUACUCGGUGAUGAAUUUGUUGAGUCACUUGGUGAUGAAGAUGACUGUGAAGUGAUCGAUGACUGUUUAAGGAUGCCGUGGGGUCGAAGUUAUGCUUAG